AUGGCCUUCGGAAAGCUCUACGGUCUUCCUGACAACCCUCGCACCAUCUCCAUCCUCGUCGCGGCCAAGGCCAACGAUGUUGAGUUGGAGUUGGUUAACACCGAGGCUGACUCUUCCGCUGCCUUCAACAAGUCGGCCGAGUACACCAAGCUCAGCCCCUUGGGCAAGAUCCCUGCUUUCGAGGGUGCCAAUGGCUACACUCUCUCCGAGGCCAUUGCCAUCGCUGUCUACGUGACCUCCCAGAACGAGAAGACCACCCUCUUGGGUAAGACCAAGCAGGACUAUGCUUCCAUCCUCCGCUGGUUGUCCUAUGCCAACUCCGAGCUCGUCCCCCGCUUCGGUGCCUGGUACCGCCCCCUCAUGGGCAAGGACGCCUACAACAAGAAGAACGUCGACGAGGCUGCCAAGGCUGCCCUGAACAACCUCGCCGUUCUCAACACCCACCUCACUGCCAACACCUACCUCGUCGGUGAGCGUAUCACCCUGGCCGAUUUCUUCGCUGCCGCCACCCUCACCCGUGCUUUCGCCACCGUCCUGGACAAGACCUACCGCUCCGAGAACCCCGCCGUCGCCAGAUGGUACCAGACCAUCGUCAACCAGCCCGCUUUCAAGGCCGUUGUCGAGAACCCCGUCCUUGUUGACGAGAUCAUCAAGUACACUCCCCCUAAGAAGGAGGAGAAGCCCAAGAAGGAGGCUGCCCCCGCUGCCGCUCCCGCUGCUCCCGCCGCUGAGGAGGCCCCCAAGAAGCCCAAGCACCCUCUUGAGGCUCUUGGCAAGCCUGAGUUCGUCCUCGACGACUGGAAGCGUUUCUACUCCAACGAGGACACCCGCCCCACUGCCCUCCCUUGGUUCUGGCAGAACUACAAGGCCGAGGAGUACUCUCUGUGGCGCGUCGACUACAAGUAUGACAGCGAGCUCAAGCUCACCUUCAUGGCCAACAACCUGAUCGGUGGUUUCCACGCUCGUCUGGAGGGCUCCCGCAAGUACCUCUUCGGUGCUCAGUCCGUCUUCGGUACCAACUACGACUGCGCCAUCCGUGGUGUCUUCUUGGUCCGUGGCCAGGAGUCCGCCCCCGCUUUCGAGGUUGCCCCCGACUGGGAGAGCUACAACUUCGAGAAGCUCGACCCCUCCAAGGAGGAAGACCGCAAGUACGUUGAGGACAUGUGGGCCUGGGACACCUCCAUCACCAUCAACGACAAGGAAUACCCCUGGGUUGAUGGCCACGUCUUCAAAUAG